AUGGCUUCAACACAGCGGUGUCUUGCUCGCUUGAGCAGGAAUGUCCUCAAUCCCUCAAUACGGCCGACUGCCGGUCGGGCACUCGCCCCUGCGUUGAUACCCAUCCAGCAAAUCCGCACCGCUAUCGCGGGAAAGGGCUACAAGAAAAAAGACGACGCCAGCAGCAAGAAGAAGAAGAAGCCCCGGAAGACCUACCUCACCCCCGACCUUAAAGAAGCCGAGCAAUUCGCUCUGCUGGAUGCGAUCCGGUACAUUCGCGCUUUCGAGGCCGGCCUAGAUCCCAAAUCUCCCAAAUAUGAGCUCCACCUAAAGCUCCGCACGCUCAAGAACGGCCCCGUGGUGCGCAACCGCCUACGCCUGCCGCACCCGGUCAAGACGGGCCUGCGCAUCUGCGUGAUCGCGCCGCGCGACUCGGAGGCAGGCCAGGCGGCGCUGGCCGCGGGCGCGACUGUCGUUGGCGAGGACGAGGUGUUCGACGCCGUCAAGGAGGGCAAGAUCGAUUUCGACCGCUGCCUGUGCCACCCGGACUCGCUGCAAAAGAUGAACAAGGCGGGACUGGGCCGCAUUCUUGGUCCAAAGGGGCUCAUGCCCAGCGCCAAGAUGGGAACCGUUGUCAAGGACCCGAGCUCGGCGGUCAAGGAAAUGGUCGGCGGCGCCGAGUACAGAGAGCGAUUGGGUGUGGUCAGGAUGGCCAUCGGGCAGCUGGCCUUCACUCCGGAGGAGCUGCAGAAAAACAUCAGGCACUUCAUUGACAGCGUGAAGAAGGAUAUGGCGCAGCUGAGUGACCGCAUCUCGAAGGACAUUCAUGAAGUAGUGCUGAGCUCAACGCACUCGCCGGGAUUCAGCUUGAACGGAGACUUCAGAGGGCCUGAUUCGCCAAACCCGAAAGACCUUGUAUCUGUAGAUUAA